AUGAGCCCGCGCUUUGCGUGCCCACUCUGUGGUGUUGGGAUUUGCGGGCCUAACACCGAGAUAUGGCUUUCCGAGUACCGUGGCGUCUACACCACACCAGAGAAAUACACCCAACUAACAGGCGUCGGACGCAAUGCGGAGAUCGAAAUAUACCAAUAUAUCGCCCCCCCAGACCCGUCGGCGCGUUGGGACGACCCCGGCUAUGACAACCCUGAGGCUGACGAGUUCGGCGUGAUGACCCAAGGACCACGAAACGGUCGGCACGGUUAUGUCUUUCACGACGCAUGUUGGUAUCUGCUCGAGAAGGCCUUUGCGCCCGGGGACGUACCCCUCUCUAGGGUAAUGGAUCUUUGUGCUUCGAUUCCGAUGGAGAUGGUGGGGCACAGGAUGUACUGGGGGCAUGACUAUGGUGGCAUGACGGUGCUCAGGAAGGAAAACACUUUCCCUUGGGAGACGCCGAUUGUGGACCUCGGUGAAGAUGAGGAUUUGUGGGCAGAGAACGGGUACUUCGUCGACCCCCGGGCGACAGCAGAAGUGGAUGAGAUUGUAAGGGGAAAAACCCAAGAACCGCCCGCUGCUCCGCCAUCCCUCGCCCCUGCUGUUACGUUAUCACAGAGGAAUAGUAAUAACAGUAACAACAAUACCGACGACAACAAUGACAGCACUGACCUCAACCACAAGGAAAGCACCGACCACACCGACGGUGACCCCUUUAUGACCCUUCCCCAAGAACUCUGCUCGACCAUUGCGUCAUAUCUGCCCACCCGCGACGCCCUCAAUGUCCGUCUGGCCUCCCGCUCGUUCUGGCACAUUUACUACAGUCAGCAGUUCUGGGCCUCACGCUUUGCUGAGGCAGGGGAACGGUCAUGGUUCUACGAACUCCGCGAGCGUCAUGGCCAGCGCCUCUGGGAGGCUGACUGGCGCUGGAUUUACCGUCGCACUGGAUACACCCGUCUCUCCCCGGGUCUCCGCAACCGUGCGCGGAUCUGGGGGUUGAUACUGGGUCUAGUUCCCGUCUUGAACUUGCGAUGGGCCGACCUACCCGACCCUUUACCGCAGAGCUGGCAAGUUCCACCCAAGCCGGCAGAGAAAGGCGACGCCGAUCUUCCGUGGCUUUCGGUCGGCGGAAACAUGAAAGGCGACCCGGAAAACUCUUCCCCGCUGGAAAUCGGCGGACGGCUACUACGUAGCGAACGUGUUGGUAUUCCCGAGCGCGUUGCAAGCGUCGACGUUUCCACAACCCGCCUUGCCAAUUCAGGGUAUAUUGCCGGCCUUUCCUUAACAUUAGUUUCCGGAGCUGUAAUCCGGGUGGGACGUGGAGACUUUGCGCAGGGGUCGGUACGCUUGCGUGAGGGGCUCAUGGGGUUUCAUGUGGCGGUUGGGCUGAACGGAAUCCAUGGGCUGCGGUGUGUGGAUGGUGGCCAGGAAGAAGAGGUAUCGGCCUGGUUAGGGUUUGCGGAGGACGUGCCACAGACAACGAGGCUGACUUUAGGAUGGCCUGUAGCGGCGUUGGAAAUCGGGUUUGAUGGCUUCAAAAUAGUUAGCAUUGCUGUCGCCCUAGGGCCAACAACAUCUAGCCCCGGCCCCUCUCCAAAGGCUAAUAUCCGCCACGCCAGCGUCUGGUACCCAACCCUACCGCCCCCGACAGUCAACCUUCACGACACGUUCUUCCCCGCUGCCCUCACGUCCACCCGCGGCUUGCAUCCGCUCUUUUGGACUUCCUUCGGGGGCCCAGGUGGCAUCUACCUCCGGCAUCUCACCAAAAUAACGAUAUGCUGGGAAGGUCUGUCCCGGAUUGAGUUUUCAUUCGACCCAGCAGCCGAUGUGCCCGAUGAGUCAAGAGUAUUUGGCCGGAUCGAAGACAGGAGGUGGACAAAGAAAAUUGAGCUCGAAAUCGAUGGGCCUGGGGGUGAGGUUGUGGAUCGCAUUGAGGUUGCACAGCAUGUUGUAAAAACGGAUCCGACGUGGAGGAAAGAGUCUGGGGGGACUUUGGCCUGGCUUAAGAUAUCGACGAACCGCGGACGGAAAUGUGAGAUUCGUAGCUCAUCCAUCCGCCGCAAGGACACACAAACGAGGGUAUUUUCCGCCAAGGAAGGGAGUGUGAUCACAGGGUUUUACGGGGUACAGUAUACAAAUAUGGGGACUAGCAUAACGUCUCUCGGUGUCAUGACGGAUACUAUUGCGUCGUGA